UGUAAUAUUCUGGGAUAUAAGCCAGGCGAAGCGGUGAUGCCUGGCACACGAGCCUCUGGCAGCGACGGGAAGAGCUGUGGCUGGGACUUGUCACCAUGUCGGAGAAAUUCGAGGUCACAAACUUGAACAUGAAAUUGGGGAUGAGCCUGAAGAUUAAAGGCAAGAUCCACGAGAAUGUUGACCGCAUCACCAUUAACCUGGGCCAGGGGAAAGACAAGCUGAAUCUGCAUUUUAACCCUCGCUUCAACGAAUCCACCAUCGUCUGCAACUCUUGCGAUGGCGGCCGAUGGGGACAAGAGCAACGUGACAACCACAUGUGCUUCAGUCCAGGAGCAGAGGUCAAGUUCACUGUGGCCUUCCAGGAUCAGUUCAAGGUGACGCUACCUGAUGGACACACGGUGACCUUCCCCAACAGGCUGGGCCACAACCACCUGCAAUACCUAGGCAUGGAUGGGCUCCACAUCACCUCCUUCAAGCUGGAGUGAGCACGCAGCACCUCCUCAGUACAAGACCUCAGCCCCCACACCCGUUUCAGCCCCUCCACGAGCCCCAUCAGAACCGCAUCCUUUAGGUCUUGAACUCCCCCUGCCCCUCCCCCCCCCCAUCCACACGCAGCUUCUGCCCU